CAAUUGUAUUGUAUAUUAUUAUUCUUUUUACAAUAAAAUGGGAAAUCUAUCUUUAUUAUUUUAUUGCUUGUGCAUCUGUGUAGCAUUGGGAUUUCCCAAUGUGGCCAAAGCCGAAGAAAAGAUUGAAUUUUAUGAACUAAAGAAGGGAAAUAUUUCCGUGAAGCUCACUAAUUGGGGUGCCUCUAUUGUCUCCGUUGAGGUUCCUGAUAAAUCUGGAAAGCCAAUCGAUAUUGUUCUCGGUUAUGAUUCCAUCAAGGAGUACCAAGCGGACAAAAACUAUUUUGGAAGUGUAGUAGGACGUGUAUCAAAUAGAAUUGGCAAUGCUGAAUUUAAGCUUAACGGGAAAGUGUACAAAUUAGCCGCUAAUGACGGAAAAAACACCCUUCACGGCGGUCCUAAAGGAUUUAGCCAUCUUGUUUGGAAAGUCACCAAGUACGAGAACAGUGGAAAUGCUCCUUUCAUUGUCUUUACCCACCGCAGCAGCGACGGUGAAGAAGGAUUCCCUGGUGCACUCAAAGUAGUGGUGACCUACACAUUGGUCGCUGAAGGUCAACUCACCGUCUUCAUGAAAGCAAAAAGUCUCGACGAGAAGGUCUCUCCGGUGAGUCUAGCCCAACACACAUACUGGAACCUCGGCGGCCACAACAGCGGCGACAUCUUGGAGGAGAAGCUCAGAAUCCUCGGCCAGUUCAUCACUCCGGUGGACGAGAACUCCAUCCCCACCGGUCAACUCAUGUACGCCAGAGGAACCGCGUACGACUUCACCGAGCCCCAACUCAACGGCAUCGGAAAAAGAAUCCACCUCCUCCCCACGCCGGCCGGGUAUGACAUCAACUAUGCCAUCGACGACUUUGACCCCGCCGGAAAGGUAAGGCUGGCGGCGAUCGUGGAGAAUGAGAAGACGGGGUUGAGGCUUGAGCUUUCCACCGACGCUCCCGGCGUUCAGUUUUACACCGGAAAUUCGCUGAAAGACGUCAAAGGGAAGGGCGGGUCAACGUAUCAGGCCCAUGCAGGUUACUGCUUGGCGACUCAGUGGUACCCUAACUUUGUGAACAACCCUACUUUCCCUCGGUCUAUUGUGGAGAAGGGGAAGGUUUACAAGCACCACAUGGCUUUUAAUUUUACACGUAUUUAAUCGUGAUCAAGAUUUUAUUAUGUAAUUUUUAUUAUUUUCAUUUAAUAAUUAAUAAAUUCCCGUUUUCGUAAUUACAUGAGGGAAUUAAAAUAGACAGCCAAAUGUAAUGCUAGAAGAGGCCAUGCAUUCAAUCAAGUAUAUAGCCAGUCGUUUGGAAAUGAUUUGAUUUUCAAGUUUUAAUAAUAUCUAAGUUGAGUACGUAUU